UCGUAUACAUAGCAGAGUAGUACUACUAUUUCGCCGUACAAAUAAAUGACACGCAAUAGUGAAGAGCCAAUAAAAUCUGGUACAAAUACAUCACUUUUUAUGUAUCAAGUGCUUAAACAUACAAACAGUAGCGAGUAAAUAAAUUGCUCUUAAUAAUUUGCAGCAGGAACGAGCGCUGCGUCUGUGUAUGAUACUGAUAACAUGUGAAUCUGUGUUUUGAUGUCGCAAGGCAUGAGGCGGCAUGAGUACGGCAUGACUUCCAUGCCCUGCGUACCUGCGGAAGGGCGUGCGGUGCGGAUUACGUUUACUAUGAAUGAUUUUAUCUCUUUCUAAACUUUCUAAACCCGAGUAUCUGUGAAUGACCGAGUAUAAUAGUGAGCGUACUAAAUUACGUAUCGAAAAGUGUUUGUUGUGAUGUAUUUUGAUAAUUUUGCAAAGAUAAGAUUUUUCGUCAGCGGUGUUAUCGUGGUGUGCGGGUGCAGAAUCGGUGGUGUGCGGCCCACGGAAUAAAUUGUCAUAUGGAAGCGCGCGGGACGAUUCGUUACGGCGGUCGUUUUGCCAGACGAACCUGCAUUUACGCACUUUAUGGUGAAGAUACUGCGUAUUUUUAGUGAGGGCGCUCGUUUAACCGUAUUACUAUUCGGGUGACUUUCAUCAUCGGGUGUAAACAACUUCAAGGUUAUCGGUUGGCAUGUGCGAGUGUCUGUAGACAGGGAGCUAUGUCGGGGGCGGGCGCGGGCGCCGUGGUGCGCCAGGGCCACCUGCGUAAGUUAAAAAAUAUGAAGAAGAAAUACUUUGUGUUGCGCGCGGAGACCGCAGACUGUUCGGCACGUCUUGAGUAUUACGAAUCUGAGAAGAAAUUUCGAGCUAGUGCGGCCCCAAAGCGCGUGCUGCCUCUCAAGAGCUGUUACAACAUUACUCGGAGGCUGGACCUCAAGCAAAAGCACGUGAUCGCCCUGUUCACACGAGAGGAGCAAUUCUGCGUUGUUGCAGAAAACGAACAGGAGUUACACGCCUGGCUCUCAGCCAUUCUCAAACAGCAUCGUUCAGACGACGCCAGUACCGAACCUCUGCUACCCAUACAACACGUCUGGCAAGUUACCGUUCAAAAGAAAGGACUUGGCGCCUCUAAGAACAUCCAGGGUCUGUACAACCUCUGUCUUACGGACAAGACUCUAACUCUGGUCAAGAUCAAGAGUCACAACAACGUUAUCAGCGAUCUAGGGAUACCCGAGCGAGUGGAGUAUUCGCUAAAGAAUAUUAGAAGGUGCGGGGAUUCGGAGUGCUUCUUCUACAUGGAAGUCGGAAGGCAGACUACGACGGGAGCCGGCGAACUUUGGAUGCUCUGCGACGAUUCGAACAUAGCGCAGAGCAUGCACUCUACUAUACUACUAGCGAUGCGAGACUGCGCGAAAGAGACGGAGCACGAGCGCGACCACAUCGUCAUGCACAAAAACUACGAGGGCUCCAACACGCUGCCGACCAGACGACAGACGUACUCCGACGGCAAGGGUCGAGCCGGCCUCACCAACGAGGCGGCUGGAUUGUGCGUGGGCGCCUGCAUCAGGCAGUGUGUCUGUGCGGGGGACGACUCGCUGCCCCUCGCCCCCCUCACGCCCCUCACCCCGCUCGCCCCUCACGCCGAAAACCAAGCGCCGAAUAACCCACUAACCGACAAAAAGGAGAACAGGCGCGCUCUAAAACACACUAGGACGAUAUCGUUGCCGAGCGGCUGUCCGUUAUUCCAAGAGCCGCCGAAGAUCGCGCACGAGAGGACUCGGUCCGAGCCCUUGACGGGGGACGAAGUCGAUAGAGUGAUCCUAGAGAAGGCCGUCUCGCACUCUUCCUUUAAAGCGAUCAAUGGAAGUGACGCGCCGCUGAAGAAAACGCAGUGGUCGCGCCGGGCCAGUACCGGCACGGGCUCGCGACUGCCGAAGCUGUCGCCGGCGCACACCAAGAACUCGACGACAUUGCGGAGUCGCUGCGACAGUAUGCCGGCCCGCGCCUGCUCCGCGCUCGACGUGGAGCGACCCCCGCCCAGGCACUGCGAUCUCGACGGUUUAGAUAUAGGCAGAGACGAGGUGGAGGGCGCCGAGUGGUUGAGAACUCCUCGCAUCCCCGAGGAACCAGAUCCCUGUGACAUGUCCAAAGACUUCAUGCAUUGGCACGGUCGGAGCACGGAGGAGAGUCACGCGGUGGACGGGUACCUGCCGAUGACCCCGGGCCACGACCUGCUGGCCGGGCUGGUCUCUGCGUCCAGCGGAUCUGUAUGCAGCGGUACUCCUUCUACGGAUCCUAGGUUCAGCGAGUACCAGCUGGAGCCGGCGACGUCUCACAUCGGCGUGGAGAGCCGCCCCCCGCGCGCCUACAGCGUGGGCUCCCGGCCCGCGCGCGCCGCCCCCACCGAGCCGCGCCACCGCGCCUACAGCGCCGGCUCCAGCGCGCGCCACCGCUCGCACGCUGCGCACCCCGCGCUGCCCCGGGCCUCCGCCGAGGACCUCAUGGAGCUCGACUUCUCCAACAACUCGCCCUCGAACAAGUCGUCGCUGCCGCACAGCCCGCCGCCCGGCGCCGCGGCCCGCCAGCGCAACACCGACGAGUACGUGGACAUGUCCCCGCGCAACGCCGGCUACGUCGAGAUGAAGCCCGCCACCGACGGCUACGUGGAGAUGCACGCCAGCCUCCGCGCCGGCUCCGCCACGCUCUUCCCGCUCGAGCUGGACCCCGCCGACGGCCUGGGCCCGCUCCGGGAGCUGUCCGAGGAGGCCCGCCCGCCGCCCGAGCCGCACUACGUCUCGCUCGCCAACAGGACGCACGACGACGCCGCACGAGCAGCGGAACCGAACACGGCGCCGAUAGUGGUGGCGGGCGGCGGCGGCGUGCCCGCGCGCUUCACGCUGGAGGAGGAGCCCGCCCCCCCCGCGCCGCUCAACUACGCCGCGCUGGACCUGGAGCCGCGCCCCGCCGCCUCCGCCGCGCCGCCGCGCACCUACACGCAGAUCGACUUCGUGCGCACGUGCGAGAAGCUGCACGCAGCCGACGGCACGUGAACGCGCGGCGUGGCGUGGCGGGACGGGGCGGGGCGUGAUGCGGCGUGCGGACUGUGUCCUUAUAGUGUACAUAUUAAGACGUGUGUUUUGUUCGGCGCUCGGCCUGCGGCUGCGUGAACCCGUGAGCGUGUCCGAUUAACUUUAUAACGAUCGAUAUUAAGUUGUCGAAAACGUAUGUUGAAUUACAUUAAUUAAGUUAAUGUUUGAAACGAUGGAAGUUGAAGGAGCGAUGUGUCGCUUUAAUUAUUAUUAUUUUUAAUAUUUCACGAUCACUAGACGUCGCUUGCUUUAUCUUAACUAUUUAAUAAGUGUAUACUUUUUUUGUUAUUAAUUUUAUUACUAUUAUAAUUCGAUUUGAUUAUUAUCAAUUCAUUGUAUUGCGAUUGACGAAUCGUUUGUAAAAAUAUAAUAGUUAAUAAUGACAUUUAAAGGAUUGAAAAUUAUCCUAACUCCAAAAAAAAGUAUCUAAAUUAUAACUUUCAUGUAUGUGUAAUCGAAAUUUUUUAAAGUGUAAUUGUUUAUUUUUAUUUUUAGAGCGAUCGUGGGUUUUGACAGCGGCUAGGUAGUCUAACGGUUCAAGAUGUAAAAUGAAUAUAUAUAUAUACAUUAUGUAUAAACGUUAUAUAUUAAUAAUGCAACGGUUGUGAGAGAGGCCUAAUGUAGUCGUGCAGAGUUGUGUUUCCUGUUCACAAACACCACUAUUUUCUAAAAACAAACAGCAUUCGAUGGAAUGGGAAUCGAACAGUUGAGCAUCAAUUAUCCCACAAACAGACCAAACGUGGACACUAUUUAUAAUUAACCCUUUUAGUGCUGAGUUUAUUCUCACAUAUUUUUCCGAAACUGAUACAGGAUUUUUUUAAAGUACCGCGCGUACAAUUAAAACUUUACAAAAAUCAAUGCUAAAUUCACAGCAAAAUAAUUUUAAAUGUUUUUUAUGAACGUUAUGAAAACGUUAUACAUAAUACCUUUAUUCAAUCGGCGCAAUAGUCGGUAUUCCGACGGCACUUUAUGCGCAGUUAUAGGGUCGAUCUAGGCUAGCGCUCAAAGGGUUAAACGAAACAUUCAUCCGUUUCAAUAGUGUGUCCAUAAUUUUACCCAAAACUUCUGAAGACUUAAACAUAUGUGGUUCAAUUCAUAUUUUUGGUAAUUAAUAUCUAGUGAUUUAUUAAUAAUGCUGAGUGGUUUUAAUAGUGGUGCAAUUGAGGAAGGUCUGACAUGAAAUUGAGGGCAUUAAGGCUCUUAUAUUUGGAGCAUGCGUGCCCGAUAUAUGAUUUGUACCAUUAUUUAAUUCAUACAGUGAUCUUCGACGUAUUGUGUUCUCGAUAACGUGUAAACAGUGCAAUUAUUUUUACUUAACUCGUUAAAAAGUAUAGUUGAUGUUUGAGCAGUUUCUAAGCACUGUUGGCUUCGGUGGCUGCUAUUCGAUUAUUGUUUAGUUUAUAUUAUUAUUACAGUUUACUGAAAAAUCUGUUAUAGCGCCAUCUAGUUACUAUCGAGUGAAACUAAGCUUUCUGUUUACGACCAAGAACUUGGCAGUUUAAAUAAUGCGUAGUCUAGCGUGAUUCGGUUUAAAGUGAAAUUUUAUCAAUAAUGAAUAAUGUUAAAGUUAUUUGUCUCUUUUUUUUUAAGAGUGCGAAAAGUAGUUGAUUAUAUAUUUGACAUUGUUCCCUCCCGCCACUUCUGUAUUACAGGUCAUUCACCCCACCUACUAAAGAAGUCACUUUUAAAAAUGACAAUUAUUGUUUAGUGCAGAUAAUGCGCUACUUAUUCAUUAAAUUUACCUACUUAACGAUUUAUUACUGAAAGUGAACAAUUUAUUUAAAGUACAUUGCGUUAUUUUAUUUGAGAUACAUAGUUCAUAAUGGACAGUUGGAUGUUGUUAUGCAAAAUUGACCUGUUGAAAUUGAAUUGUUGUUUUUGGAACGAAGUUCCUUAUCGCGCGUUGUGAAAGGGGCCUAGACGGAAAAAAUUCUUACGAAAA